AUGAGAAACCGGAAGCGAGUUUCUGCAUAGCAACAAAAGGAUUUACAGGUUUAAUUUUACAACAGCUGGAAAUGUCUUCAUAAGGAAACUUGAUUGUUAUGGAAACUGUACAACGAUGUUGGAUUUAAGAGAAAUUUUAAUCCGAAAUCUGGAAGUAAUGUUACAGACUUCAUCAAGAAUGCUCCUAUAACAGACAAGAAAUCUCAUCAUGAGUUCAGACGUCAAAAACACAUCAAGCUUUAAGGGAUUUAUGCGGGAGUCAAAGAUCCGCACCCCUAAAUACCAGCCUGUCAGAGUUGUCAAACCCGAGAAACAUGAUGCUAUGUAUCCCAUGAGAUGGCCACCAUAUGAUAAUGCUGAUGUUGAGAAUCGUAUUGAUGGAGUGCUUGGCCCACUGUCUAUAUUUGCUCCAUUUCCACAUGAGGAUGAACCAGAACAUGUGGAACUUGAAUUAGAACGCCCGGUCACUCCCAUUGAUCAAGAGAUCAAGAGUCAGCCAUCAUCUCUAGACCAGCUCACAAACUUUGUGAGGCGUCGCAUUGCAGCACGACCUGAUGUACCUUUUCUCUCUAUAGAAGAUCAACGGAAUCUGGCUGGUAUCAUCAUGGGUGAGGUGAACUUGAUCUGGCCAGACAUCAGGAAACAGAUUGAUGAUCCAUUUCUGAGUCCUGAGGAGAACAAGGAGUUGAACCGGCGUAUCGCUGUGUACAUUGUGACUGUCUGUGAACAGCUCUUCUCUCAUUACCUCGACAAAGCUCAGGUAUUAAAUAGCCGGGGUGUAUUCAGUGGACCUGCCAACAUGAGUCGACUCAAAGCCCAGCUAGCCCUGGAAGCCAGCAAGUUUUUGACCAUCCUGACGAUCCGUCGCUACAUCGUUGCUGACAUGAGAGGUCAAGGGGAAACUGAUUCUACGUCCUCAGAAGACUUCUUCCCUUCUCAUCCCACCAAGGCUAAGCCUGCUGUUGGAGGAUUUUCUCAGCUCUCAUAUGAAGGACUGAUACAAACAAGUCGGCCAAAGUCCAAGGUGAAGAAGUACAGGAUGCGAACACUGGACCACGAUGUGAGAGAGAUGACCAACAACAUGCCAAGCCUGGACACCAGCAAGCUGAUGGACCUAGUGGCCCAGCUCCCGGACAGGGCCAUGGCCUCCCCCUCUGAAGAUGCUCGAUCUCUUGCAAGCAGAAUUUCUGAGAGAGAAUCCAAAACUUCUAGUUUCUCAAAAGAGGAGGCAUCAUUACAGAAAGUGUUAUUGAAGCGAUGUAGUUCUGACCCCAACCUCCAUGACGGCGAGACAUUACUGGAGGAGAUGGAGAUUAGCGAGCGUGUCCGUGACGACCCCUUUCACCACUAUGAGUUGGACGUUCUACACAGGGAGAGGGAGGUCAUGGCUAAGGAGAAGGUCACGGAUGAGCAGCCCAAAAUUGGGUCAAGGGAGUAUGCUGCGGAGGAUCUGCGGAGGCUGGUGGACAGGAAGGAUGAGUCUCACCAAGAGGUGGAUGAAGAUCUACCUCCUCUCUUACAGGCUAUUGUCCGCAAUGCACGUCAUGAUGGCCUGAAGGAGAAGAUGGCAGAAGAGAUGAAGGAAUUGGAGAAGAAGAAACAACAGAGGAUUGAGGAUGAACACAUCGCUGUUGAAGCACCUACUCAUCCCCAGCCUGCAACUGUGAACAGCAAGCUCUCAAACGAGCUGACUGUACGUACAUCCGACAUCCGAGUGUCGGAGCGGGUAUGCAUGUCCUCUAUCACCCUGAACAGAUUUGCCACUGUCUACAACGACCUGAUUGAAGAGGUGGAUCCAGCCACUGUGAAGGGUCUAGACAAGAACCUGUUCCUGUCAGAUGAGAUCAGGGAGGUGUACCGUGAGAUAAUGAAGACUGUGCCCCAGGACCAUCUGGACUUAGACGAUGACUUGAUGAUAAUACCUGCAGCAGAGAACAUCUCCCUGGCUGGCGUCAUGGCGUCAACAACACUAGCCAAGAAGCCUAAUGAGAGGGUUAUAAACCCACAACUCAGGAAAGGUCAUGACCCUCCCUGGGGAGAAAUGGAUGCCAAAAACUGGGCAAGAACACCUUCAAGUCCACCAAAGAAUUUUCAAGGAGACAACACAUUUACACCUUUAACUCCUAACCCGGAGAAGAUCCAUGCUGCCUUCAGUAACCACCCGUCGAAGACAUCUCAGCCGCUGACAUCAUCCGAGAACAUGCCCAGCGUGGUAGCAGACAAGAUGGCCAGGACGUAUGCAUCGUGGCUUCAAUGGUGGAAGAGUACUGUCACCAGCGACGACUACAUGAAGUUCCUCUCCACACAGGAGACAGAUUUCAUGGGAGUGCUGUUCCAUUUCUAUGACUCUGAGGAUGAUGAUGGUGAAGAUGAUAAUGAUGAUGGCAAUUCUGGAGGAGGGACAGGAGGAGGGUCGUCCACAGGGAUUGGAAACAGAGGACGACUCCCAAGGCAGAACAAUACUAGGUCCUCUCACUCCACUAAAGCUACAGAACAAAGAGAGCGAGACAAGAAGGUGCAGGAAUUGAAGGCCCUCAAGACAGAGUACAAGGAAGGUUUCUGGAAUGUUAACUCUGUCCUCCUGGGUGGCCUAGGCAAAGACCCAGGUUUAGAAGUUGAUGAGGAAGAAGCCAACAAGACACAGAAGCCUGUUGAAGCAAGUAAAUCAGCCAAGACUCUGGCUGAGAGGGCUGCACAGGCCAGACAGGCUCGCUUGAUACGGGAGAAGUCAAGAGUGACAUCUCAAGCAUCAGGGAGACUAUCAAGCACAACCCACUCUGUAACAUCCAAGUCAUCGGAGGCCGAGUUCCAGAAGCCAGCAACACCACAAGAACGCCUGGAGCGUGUGUGGGCGUGUCUCAAGAUGACUGACAGCAUGAAACUUGAUAUGGCCAUCAAGUACAGCUGUAAUGAGUUCUUUGACAGGCUUGAGGAGGUCAUGGAGAAGUGGGAGAGUGCAGCGGAUCUAAUUCUCAAACGAGAGGCUCUGCUGGAGAAAUUGGAAAACUUUGAAAGAAGGGCCUCUGACCCCAACAGAUUCUUUGAGAAAGGACACAAGGGCAGCUCGGUGCUGAGGCUGGAGGAGGCCAGACAGAGGAGCUUCUACUACAAGAGUAUUGAUGCCGUGGAAGUUGAAAUUAAAGUUGAACUUGACUACAUCAAGGAAAAGUUCCAGGACAGCAUAACAUUUAAGGGUCGUCCAUAUAUGGACAAGAUGAAGUGGGACCGAGUGGAGAUGCUGUACUGGUUGCAGGAGGAGAGGAAGCAACAUGCCAUCCAGUACGAGGCUCUCACACGACAGCUGCCACUGAAACAUGCUCAGCUGGAGCCCCUACAGCUGCAGGCCAAGUGAAGGGGGACAGGGCCAUACAGCUGUAUGCUCCACCUUGUUGGGCAGUAAUACAUGUAUACCGGACUGAGACAGGUGUGCUGCGAGUGAUGGUCAAAUUUGUGUUUGGUAUAUUCAGCAUUACUGCCACACAGACUCCUGAAACCUAAGAUCUGUGUGUGCAGCAGUGAAGUAUUAGGUAAUGGAUGCAUGAUUAAUGUAUGAAUCUGUACAUUCACAAAAAGGCUUGAUGAAUUUUUGGAUCUAUAGCUUUACAAAAAGGCUUGUAAAUUCUAGAUGCAUUUACCAAAUGAUGAAUGAUAAUAUAGAAUGUCUUCUGUGUAUUGGGAAGUCAGGUGAUAUGUACAUUCCUUAAUUUAAAUAUUUUUAAAAUAGGGAAAUUAUCCUUUUCUGUCAAAAGUAGGUUAACAUUGCCAGCUGAAUUUACUUAUUUGAGAUAGGAAAAAGAGUAAUGGUAUGAUUAAUUCAAAUAACAUCUAUAGUGUAUCUGUUACCAUUAAACCUUAAAACUGUGGGACUGUUCAUAUGGUUUUACCGUUCACAAUUUCUUUUUAAAAGAAAUCAAUAUUACAUUGUUUGCUUGAAGUGAUUGUGAUUUGAAUGCAUUGUUUAUUUAUGUUGAUUAGUAGAAUUGUGAUAUAAUCUUUAUGCAUAUUUACACCUGUGUAUUCUCUUGAAAGUUUGAAACAUUUCAUGAGAAGAAUCUUGCUUCAAACCACAGAUGGAAGGGUUAGUGACCAUUCCUGUGCUUUGAAGGAAACCAGUGCCUCGUAACAUAAUGUGAGAAGUAUAUUUGCACUCUGAUAUCUUAUAAUAUUUAUAUGCAAAUACAUAUGAUCAACCGUCCAGGAAUGUAUUAACUGUGAUAAAUGAAUAUUUACAUAACUGCUGAUUUUUUAUAGUUUUAUUUUGUUUAGAGUUUUCUUGUUAUAUGGUCAAACAGUAUUUGUACAGUUACAUAUUAUUGUAAUAGAUAUUCUAUAUGUUGAUUUACAUGUCUGAAUAAAUAAUUGAAGAG